AUGUUCCUUCAUCUUCUUCUUGCAGGUUUGGACAAUUCUUCUUACGACGCUUCCAAGUUGGCGAUGGACUACCACAACAUCGGGUUCCGGGAGUGCGCCGCCGAAGUCGCCCGCUACCUGGUCACGGUGGAAGGCUUGGACAGCCAGGAUCCUCUCCGACUUCGGCUGAUGUCGCACCUCCAGUGCUUCGCGGCUCAGCGGGAGCUGUCCAGGCCCUGGCCCGAGGUGGGGCCCAGUGGGGCUAAGCCCUGGGCGGACACCAGCGGAUCCUCUUCGUCGGCGAACACCUCCUUCGAGUGCGAGGGUCCCACGUUGACACCCCUCACCCCGGUCUCGCACCAUCCUCCGCCUCCUUACCACUACUCGCAGCACCACUACCCUCAGGAGUACCCCCCCACCUCUAGUCACCAGAAGCCGUACAGGCCUUGGGGUGGCACGGAGAUGGCCUACUGA